AACACGCUGUCGAACGCCGUGAGCGAGUCUGGCCGCGGCGGGCUGUUCGGCAGGUACGCCGCCGAGGUGAAGCAGCAUCUCCAGGAGCUGGAUGAGCAGGCCGCGAGAGGUGAGGUACACGACGCAGUCGUGAUGUGGGACUACGGCAACAUGCGCCUCUGGAAGAUGUACAAGAUCAGCCCCCACGAGGUCAUGCGCAGGGCGCUGCAGUGGAUCUCGGGCGCGGUGGAGCUCCCGGUGACCCGCGUGGAGGCCGUGGAGGUCACGCGGAAGCUCACGACCUCCGAGGAAGAGUUGCGGGACGGAAGAAUCCGCCACUACCACACGCUCCGGCAGAUCGGGGGUGUCGUGCACAGGACUUGGCCGAAAAUGGACGACGCCGCGGACAAGGUGCUCAUCGAGCGGAUGCGCAUGCUGCUCGACGAGAUGCACGCCACAGGCCGCAAGCGGACCCUGAUCUUGAUGUCCAGCGACCACGGCUUCCGGCCAAUGCUCGAGGCGGCGCAGGGCGAGGGCAUCACGGCUAUCCAGAUUGUCAACGGCAAAGGCACUGUCUCAAAGGACCUGCCGACGCUGACGGAGAAGUCGCGCUACUAUCCCGCGGGGUGCGACUUCAGCGUGCCCGUCCAGACGCCCAG